AUGCAAGAUCGAGCUUUUACCAGCCCAGAGUCAGCCAAACUCCGGGAACGUGACCCAAAGCUCCCUGGGACUCACAGCUUUUCCACCAACUUAAUGAAGCUGGGAAUCAGGGGCAGGGAAAUGACGACCAGAGAGCGAGCUUGUGGUGGCAGUGAGGAGAUGGGGCUGUUUGUGAGGCAGCAGUGCUUGAGCACCUCGAGGAUGGGGUCGCUGCUCCUGUUUGGCUUUUUGCUGCCCUUAGCCCUCUGUGCUGAUGGCCUGGGGGAUCAGGAUCUCUUGGAGAGUGUGACCUGCCAUAGGAAUGGGAUGGAAGUUGAAUUUUCAAGAGAGCUUGGCAACUACUCCUGGCAUGUGUCCGUUGAGGAUGUGAGUGGUGAGGAGAUCGUGUCCUGUGACCCCACUGUAGAUUAUGAGAGGCUGAUGCUCAGUGUCCUGUUCGUCAACUGCACUAGCCUGGAGCAUGGUCAGCACCUGCUAAGAUUGAGGCUGAUGGUGAAUGACACAAUGGGAGAGGAGAAGAAUGUAACUUACAGCACUCGCUGCCAUAGUGUUCAUACAGAUGAAAUCAUUACUCCUUUCUUUGCUGGUGCAACAAACUGUACAAAAGACUUCAUGGCAGUUACUUUCCCAAGACUCAUUCCAGGCUUCAGUGAUGAGCAUAUGGUUCCAGCAGCUCCAAUGACCUGGACUCUGUCAGUUGAUGAUGGAACAAGAAUACACCAGCUAAGCCUUGGGCAAGCCAUGCAGCAAGGCUAUAACUUUCUAGCUGAUGGCCACAACCUGAUCCUCCAGGUAGCCUUUACUGCCACUGGAGUUGUCUCCUACAAGCACAAUGAUAAGGUGCUCUACACUGUGGCACUCAAGCUCAUGUAUGGCCCUCCUGAACGUAGACUGACUGUGGAGUCAAGAAUGCUUUGUGCACCAGGUCCAGCAAUCUGUAAUGCAACACACAUGACUGUUGCCAUCCCAGCCUUCCCAGGGACCCUUGUGGCUGUGGGUGCAGAGGAUAAGACCAUCCCCAUGGACCAGCUUCAGGAAAAUGGGAUUGCUCUGGACACAAAGACAGGGGUCAAGCUGCAUAUUAGCAGGGAAGUCCUGAAGUCCAGGCUACAUGAGGAGAGCUGCUCAGGACUUCAGUCUUACAUGUCCUCUUUGAAACUGGCUUUUCACUUCCAUGGGGAGACUGUGACAAUGGUGAUGCACCCAGAGUGCCCCUGUGACCAGCAUGCACCAAUAGCUGCUGUAUGCACCCAGGAUGGGUACAUGGAUUUUGAAAUCCUUGCUGACAGUACUACCCCGCUGCUAGACUUGGAUACCCUUAGGCUCAGAGAUCCUGCAUGCCGGCCAGCCUUCAAGUCUUCUUUGAAUGACAGAGUUUGGUUUCAUGUCCCACUGAAUGGAUGUGGGACCAGGUAUUGGUUGGAUGGGGAGAAGAUUGUUUAUGAGAAUGAGGUGAGGGCACUAUGGGCAGACCUUCCACUGCGCAGGAUCUCAAGGGACAGUGAACUCAGGCUAACAGUCCUGUGCUCCUUCAGUAAUGGUGAUGCCUCCCUCACUAUAAAGGUAGACAACCUUCCUCCUCUGGCUUCUUCAGUGAACCAAGGUCCCCUCACCUUAGUUCUUCUAAGCUACCCAGAGGACUCGUACAGGCAGCCAUACCGUGAUGAUCAGUACCCAAUAGUAAGGUACCUACGGCAGCCCAUCUUCCUGGAAGUUCAGGUCCUGAACCGCAAUGAUCCCAACCUCCAUUUGGUAUUGGAUGACUGCUGGGCAACAGCUUCACAAGAUCCAAGCUCACUUCCUCAGUGGAAUAUUGUUGUUGAUGGGUGUGAGUAUGACCUGGACAGCUACAGGACCGUGUUUCAUCCUGUGGGGCACAGUGUCAGCUAUGCAAACUAUCGCCAAAGGCUGGAAGUGAAGACUUUUGCCUUUGUGUCUGGUGACAAAGCCCUCCCUGGCCUAGUAUACUUCCACUGCAGUGUUCUGAUCUGUGACCGUUUUCAACCAGACUCCCCUUUGUGUAUGACAAGAUGCCCGAGGCCAUCUAGAAGCAAGCGAGAGAGUGGGAUGCCAGGUGUGAACUCUGCAGUGGUGAGCUUGCGGGGUCCUGUCCUCCUUGUGCCAGAAGGAUGGUCUGCAAGCCAAGGGAGCACUCUCUUGAGCAAGGAGGCAUGGGCUGGCAUUACAAUGACUGCUGCUGGUAUUCUCUCUCUGGUGGCCACAAUGCUACUAUUUUUGGCUUUUCUUAAAUGCCUAAAGAGAAGAGCAUCCAUGGUAAAUGUGGCAUGUUAG